CUUCCCGACACGCAAAUUCGCACCAACUCCAAAGAUGGCAAGCAACAAGCGUCAAGCCAGGGACGAAAGUGAGGAUGAACAAGAAAGCAGCAGCAAGUGCAUAAAAAGCUCGGCUCCCACCACACCCAAGAAAGCUAGAAAGACUGCCGCGGCGUCGAAUCCGGAAACGCCAUCGAAGCAGGCGUGGGACGCAGACCAGGAUCAAAAGAUCAUUCUGGCUGUGCUUGGUGGGAAGCUGCCUGCGCUGAGCAAAGACACGGUCAAAUGCCUCGCCGACGAGAUGGGUAGGACGGAGAUCUCAAUCAGGCGUCGAUACGAUCGCAUCAAGCAGAGGAUCCUCGGUGGACGCGACAUUGGCGGUCAUGAAGGCGCCUAG